UGGUUUGCCCAUUUCCUCCCGUUUGCCCAUUUCCUUUUGUUUGCCCUCUCACUUCCUCUCGUUUGCCCUCUCGUUUCCUCUCGUUUGCCCUCUCGUUUUGUUUGGUUUGCCCGUUUCCUCCCGUUUGCCCGUUUCCUUUUGUUUGCCCUCUCACUUCCUCUCGUUUGCCCUCUCUUUUUGUUUGGUUUGCCCGUUUCCUCUCGUUUGCCCUCUCGUUUUGUUUGGUUUGCCCGUUUCCUCUCGUUUGCCCGUUUUCUUUUGUUUGCCCUCUCGUUUUGUUUGGUUUGCCCAUUUCCUCUCGUUUGCCCUCUCGUUUUGUUUGGUUUGCCCGUUUCCUCUCAUUUGCCCUCUCGUUUCCUCUCGUUUGCCCUCUCGUUUUGUUUGGUUUGCCCGUUUCCUCUCGUUUGCCCGUUUUCUUUUGUUUGCCCUCUCGUUUUGUUUGGUUUGCCCGUUUCCUCUCGUUUGCCCUCUCAUUUUGUUUGGUUUGCCCGUUUCCUCAUGUUUGCGUGUGUUCUUUUGUUAGCCAUCUCCUUUACUCUCGGUUGUCCGCUUUUCCUCUCGUUUCCCCUCAUUUCCUUUCGUUUGCUCUCACUUCCUUUCACUUGCCUUCACUUCCUUUUACUUGUCCUUUCUUUUCCUCUUAUUUGCCCUCUCGUUUCCUUUCAUUUGCCCUCUUUUCUUUGCUCUCAUUUCCUCUCGUUUCCUCUUAUUUACCCUCUCACUUCCUUUCCUUUGCCCUCUCUUCCUCUCGUUUCCCCUCAUUUCCUUCCUUUGCCCUCUUUUUCCUCUCCUUCCCCUCCUUCCCUCUUAUUUCUCUCUCUUUCCUGUCCUUUCCCCUCCCUUCCCCUUCUUUGCCCUCUCUCUUUCACUUGUCCUUUCCUUUCCUCCUAUUUGCCCUCUCUUUUCCUCUUGCUUCCCCUCACUUCCUUUCAUUUGCCCUCUUGCUUCCCUCAAUUCCUCUAUUUUGCCCUCUCUUUUCCUCUCUUUCCCCUCUCUUUCCCUCAUUUCCCCUCACUUCCUCUCACUUCCUCUCAUUUGCCCUCUUUUCCUCUUAUUUAUUCUCUCUUUUCCUCUGUUUCUCUCACUUCCAUUCAUUUGCCCUCUCACUGCCUCGCCUUUCCCCGCUCACUUCCGCUCCUUUCCCCUCACUUCCUCUCCUUUUCCCUCUUUCCUCUUAUUUGCUCUCUCACUUCCUUUCAUUUGCCCUCUCUUUUCCUCUCCUUCCCCUCCUUUCCUCUUAUUUCUCUUUUCUUCUCAUUUCCUCUUCUUUGUCCUCUCACUUCCUUUCAUUUGCCCUCUUGCUUCCCCUCACUUCCUUUCAUUUCCUCUCUUUUCCUCUCAUUUCCUCUUAUUUGCACUCUUACUUCCUCUCAUUUCCUCUUAUUUCCCCUCUCUUUUCCUCCCUUUUCCUCUUCCUCUGCCCUCUCACUUCCUUUCAUUUGCCCUCUCUUUUCCUCUUAUUUGCACUCUCACUUUAUUUUGUUUGCCCUUUUGAUUCCUCUCGUGUCCUCCCUUUUCCUCUCUAUUCCUCUUAUUUGCCCUCUCACUUCCUUUCAUUUCCUCUUUUCCUCUCAUUUCCUCUUAUUUCCCCUUUCUUUUCCUCUUCCUCUGCCCUCUCACUUCCUCUCAUUUGCCCCCUCUUUUCCCCUCAUUUCUUCUUAUUUGCCCUCUCACUUCCUUUCCUUUGCCCUCUCUUUUCCUCUCUUUUGCCCUCAUUUUCUCUUUUUGGCCUUUCACUUCGUAUCAUUUUUCCACUUUUCCUCUGCUUUGAUAUCUCAAUUCCUUUCCUUUCCCCUCACUUUUCCUCUCACUUCCUCUCAUUUCCGAUUUGCCCUUUCAUUUGCCCUCUCACUUCCUUUCCUUUCCCCUCUCUAUUCCUCUUAUUUGCCCUCUCACUUCCUUUCAUUUCCUCUCUCUUUUCCUCUCAUUUCCUCUUAUUUCCCCUCUCUUCCUCUUAUUUCCCCUCUCUUUUCCUCUUAUUUCCCCUCUCUUUUCCUCUUCCUCUGCCCUCUCACUUCCUCUCAUUUGCCCCCUCUUUUCCCCUCAUUUCCUCUUCUUUGCCCUCUCACUUCCUUUCCUUUCCCCUCUCUUUUCCUCUCGUUUUCCCUCAUUGUCUCUUUGUGGCCUUUCACUUCCUUUCAUUUUUCCACUUUUCCUCUUCUUUGUUUUCUCAUUUCCGUUCCUUUCCCCUCUCUUUUCCUCUCACUUCCUCUCAUUUCCUAUUUGCCCUUUCAUUUGCCCUCUCACUUCCUUUCCUUUCCCCUCUCUAUUCCUCUUAUUUGCCCUCUCACUUCCUUUCAUUUCCUCUUAUUUCCCCUCUCUUUUCCUCUUAUUUCCCCUCUCUUUUCCUCUUCCUCUGCCCUCUCACUUCCUCUCAUUUGCCCCCUCUUUUCCCCUCAUUUCCUCUUCUUUGCCCUCUCACUUCCUUUCCUUUCCCUCUCUUUUCCUCUCGUUUUCCCUCAUUUUCUCUUUUUGGCCUUUCACUUCCUUUCAUUUUUCC